AUGGAGUCCUGGCUCAAAAAUAUAUUAAUUGUGUUAUUGCUCCCGUAUUGUUUGUUUUAUAAUUCAAUCUCUGCCAAUACAGAAAAAGAAGUUUUUACUUCUAAGACAGAAAUCAUUCUAGAAUCACUUUUCCAUGAAGUCAACAACUGGAGUACGCAAGAAGGUCUUUUGACCUUAAAGCCACCAUAUACAAUCCAACGCUACGAACGCGUCAUACCUUACAAAAAUUCUGAGGAAUUCAAAAGUACGGAACAAAGUGAAAAAGAAAAAUGGUAUAUUCUUGACGAAUUAGAAGAAGGGAAGACGUAUGAGACAAGAGUAUCUUAUGCUUCAACGUCGCCCACAAUCUUCGUGUUAAAUAUAAUGGAUUUCAAAGAAGCAAUGAAAAUCUUGAAAAAAAAUAACGCGACAGAUGAACAGGGUUCUAAUUUAAAGUUGAGUACUACAAAGAAAUUUCUCAGAGCGAGAGCAAUUUAUGAUGGUGUGUCUAUCCAUCGUGGCAGAGAUUCCAGACCUGUAAUUUACAACGUUGUAUUGGAAACGCUUGUAUAUGGAGUCCCAGGGGUGGCGAUAAAUUUAAUACUUGUUUUGGCCAUCAUUAUAGUAGUGACCAAUUUUAUAUUUGUGCCAAAGAUAUAUAAAGCUUUGCGGAAUGUUAUAGAAGAGAAAGAUAAAAAAGAGUAG